GGACGGUCAUUGUCAUGAGCUUACUGGACCCCUUCCUGCGCGGUGUACUCGCAUGUGUCCUUCCGUGCUCUGUGGUCUUGCUUUCUCUGCUCCUCUACGUGCCAUGGCCAAGAGUUGUAGUGAAAGCUGCGCGAUUCCUAGCAUCACCCUUUGAUCCUUUCAUCACGCUCCCAGAAGCGAAGGCUAUCCUGAGAGGCGAGCCUGUGGUUGCUGACGAUGCCAAUGCACGCGCUUCCCGUCCGCCUGUCUGGAAGACUAUGCUUCUAUCUCUUCCCGCUCUGGGAGAAACACUGGUACUGAUCGCGAUCGGAACAUAUAAUAUCGUUUUAUGGCAUCAACAGCAGGAAGAGUCACCGGUCUGGCGUAUCGUAUUUCCAUUCGUGAAGGUGCUACCAUGGCUCUACGCAACCCUCAUUCCCGUCGUCCGCCCUCAAGCCACCGCACCCACCGAUCUAUUCAUUCUGCAUCUGACUUUUAUCCUCACGGCUACGUUCAAUCUCGGAGCACAACUAUUCAACCUCAGCGCAUAUGGCAUCCCUCUUCCGGUCUGGUGGAUCUUCUCGCUUCAAGUGGCUGAUCUGAUCGCACCGAUCCUGGCUCUGGGAGCCGUUCUGUCUAUGCCGAUCGCGUUGGCUGCGAACGACGAAGAACAGAAGGAGAUUGGAAAAACGAUCUCUCCCGAGGACUACACCUCCCUGUAUGGAUGGAUUACGUUCGCCUGGGUAGGGCCGUUGGUGUGGAAAGGAAGGAAUAAAACUCUGAAGGAAGAAGACGUAUGGGAUCUGAGCCCAACAGUAAAGUCCCAAGCCCUGUUCGAGAAAUAUCGUACAAUCCGGAAGAGCUCGACCCUUCGAAGUCUAGCUGUGGCCAACUCCUUCGACCUCAUUGUGGAUGCUAUUUUGUCCUACAUAUCCUCGGCAUGCUCAUACGCCGGUCCGUUCUUCCUCAAGCGCAUUCUGGACGCAAUCGCGGACCCGACGCCCGAGUCACGCAGCAUGGCAUUCCUCUUCGCCGCGCUAGCUUUCCUAGCUGGUCUUACGAAAACCGAGGUCGACCUUCAACAUCUAUGGAACGAUAGGCGAAUGUCAACUAGGUUGAAGGCAGAGCUCAUGGCGGAUAUCUAUGAGAAAUCCCUCCGACGAAAGGAUUUUUCUGGGGUGGCAAACAAGGAAGACCCGAAGCAGAAGGAGAAAGACCCCAGCGUCAAGACCCAGGCUGAUGUGGGUAAGAUUGUCCAGCUCAUGAGUGGAGAUGUUGAGAAGAUAUCGAUUAUGGCUGUGUUCCUUUAUAACAUCUACACUGCUCCAUUUGAGAUCGCCAUCGCCCUGGUUUUCCUCUAUCAAUUGCUCGGUUGGUCAGCAUUCGCCGGAGUAGCCGUCCUCGUCAUUGCGGCACCCCUGAAUACGAUCAUGUCGAGGCGUAUGAUCAAACUUGCUACCGGCGUAUCCGCUGCUCGUGACAAGCGAAUGGGUGUAUUGACGGAGCUGAUCCAAGCAAUCAAGUUCAUCAAGUUUUUCGCUUGGGAAAACCAGUGGAUCGACAGAGCCAUGAAAGCGCGUCAGGAAGAACUGAACUGGCUCGUCAAGAACUUCAUCAAUUCCCUCUUGUUCCGUGCUCUGUUUGCCAACGUACCUGCUCUGGUGUCUAUUUGCAGUUUCUGGGUAUUCGUAGCUCAAGGGCACGAGUUGACUGUAUCUACUGCCUUCACCGCUAUCGCUCUGUUCGACAUGUUGCGUCAGCCUCUGAAUCUUCUUCCGUACUUCGUCGUGCGAUUCCUGGAAACUAGUGUAUCGUUUGUUCGCAUAGACGCCUUCUUAGCUGAGCCAGAUGUGUCGGAUGACGUUUCCUCCUUCAAACGGCCGCCUCCAGAGUCAACUAUCCCAAUUGAUGCCCGAUUGGGAGCCGAGGAGGCAACUUUCAAAUGGAACGAGAAUGAAGAGGCCAAGAAGAAGGAUGCACCGGGUGCCGAGGAACAAGUGAACGGAGCGGCCGAAGCUGUUUUCGAAUUGUCGGACAUCAAUAUCGUCUUCCCGAUUGGCAAACUAUCGGUUGUAACCGGGCCAACUGCCUCCGGAAAGACAGCUCUUCUCAUGGCUCUCCUUGGAGAAAUGACAAUGACGCGAGGAAAGCUACUUCUUCCAAAAGACCCUACACAGGUCGACGAGCACGGGCUGCGGAAUUCCCUGAGCUAUGCCGCUCAAACACCAUGGUUGGAACAGCAGAGCAUCAAAGAUAACAUCUUGUUUGGCAGUCCGCUUGACGCUGAGCGGUAUGAUGCCGUCAUCAAUGCAUGCGCUUUGAAGCCAGACUUUGCAAUGUUAGAAGAUGGCGAUCAAACCGAGAUUGGCGCUAGGGGUGUGGCACUCUCCGGGGGGCAGAAGGCUCGCGUUGCCCUUGCGCGAGCGGCUUACGCCCGAACUAAGACUGUCCUACUUGAUGAUCCAUUGGCAGCUCUGGACAGCCAUAGCGCCAGAUACGUCUUUGAGCAUCUUCUGCAAGGCCCACUCAUGGAAAAUCGCACUGUCGUUCUCGUUACCCAUCAUGUCGAUUUGGUUCUUCCUGCUGCUCACUAUCUCGUUCGGAUGCUUGAUGGGCGCAUUGAUACCCAGGGCCAGACAAAGGAACUGCGAGAGAAGGGAAUUUUGAGUCAAAUUGUGGUAGAGGAAGCCGCCCAGGCCAAAGAGGAGGACAAGAAGGUUGAAGCUGCAGAACAUAAAGAUCCCGAAUCAGAAGCUGUGGAAGGCAGCAAAGCGCCUAACGGAACCGCGCAAGCGCCUACACAGACAAAGAAAGCGAGGCGUCUUGUAGAGGAGGAAGCAAAAGCCGAAGGAAGUGUCGAGUGGCGGAUAUACAGAAGCUAUCUACUUGCAUCUUCUAUUGCAAUUUGGGGACUGAACCUUGUAUUCAUUAUACUUUUCCAAGGGCUGUCUAUUUCUGAGAAGUAUUGGAUCAAACUCUGGGGCCAGCAUUAUAGCAUCGAUAGCGCUGCUCGGCACGUUGUUGCUUCAACCUCUGCCUGGGUCCCGAAUACCGUGGAAGGAUAUAUACCCAGCAUCCAGGCCAUCCAGCAUGUUCUCUCCCCAAUCCAAGGUGUCAGCGGUGAUGUUAAUACAACCGGCUUUUCACCUUCGGCAUCGCCUCUAACGAUGUUCAAUCUUCCAAGCGCGCGCGAUCAUCCUUUCUUCUAUAUAGGGAUCUAUGCGGCAAUUGGCAUGGGAGCUGCAAACACAGCUGUGGUGGACUGUAUUUUCCAGACUGUUGCCGGUUAUCGAGGAUCCAAAGUACUCUUUGCACGACUUUUGAAGACCGUCGUUCGUGCCCCUAUUCGAUGGUUCGACACGACGCCAACUGGUAGAAUCUUGAAUCGGUUCUCGCGUGAUACGCAGACCAUCGAUACCGAGCUUCCUGGAUCUCUUCGAGCAUCUGUUGCCUUCCUAACUGCCUUCAUUGCUGCCGUGCUCACUGUCGGUAUCAUUCUCCCUGCGUUCUUGUUGCCCGCACUUGUCAUUGGCGUGACAUAUUAUACGUUAACCGUUGGAUAUCUGAGCACCAGCAGAGAUCUUAGAAGAAUGGAGUCCACCACUCGGUCUCCAAUUUUCUCUGGUUUCGCGGACAUGCUGGAUGGAAUCACAACAGUACGAGCCUUCUCAGCCGAGAAACGCUUCUUCCAGGCGUUGCAUGCCAAAAUCGACAAAACCCAGACAUUCUUCUGGAAUAUGUGGAUGUUGAAUAGAUGGCUUCUCGUUCGAUUUGACAGCUUAGGUGCCUUGGCUGUAUUUUUGACGACCCUUAUCGCACUCUCCGGAUGGAUUGAUGUUGGAAUGGCGGGAUUGACUAUCACCCUUUCAAUGACCUUUACCAUGUCGGUAUACUGGACUUGUCGCUUUUUCAGCCAACUGGAAAUGGACCUAAAUUCAGUCGAGCGAGUGGUUGAAUAUUGUGAUCUUCCAUCCGAGGCUCCACUUAUCAUCGAAGGUCACCGGCCCCCCGCGUUCUGGCCAUCUAACUCUGAUUCGGAUCACUUCGUGUCGGUGGAAAAUCUAGCAGUCGCCUAUGCCGUAGAGCUAGAGCCGGUACUCCACGAUAUCUCAUUCUCACUCGCAGCUAGAGAAAAGAUUGGGUUACUUGGACGAACGGGAAGCGGGAAGAGCACCUUGGCAAUGAGUUUCCUUCGCUUCAUUGAUCCUCGGAAAGGGCGCAUAAUCGUGGACGGCAUUGACAUCACAACCAUUGGAUUGCAAGAUCUCAGAUCCAGGAUAACUUUCAUUCCACAAGACGCCGUCCUCUUUUCUGGAACCAUAAGAGAUAACUUGGAUCCUUUCGCUGACCACAGUGAUGACGACUGUUGGGAUGCAUUGCGUCGUGUUCACCUGAUCUCCGAGAGCCGUUAUAACACUCGCCGAAGCUCGCAAGCUUCCUCCCGUGAACCAUCCAGGCCGUCAUCCCCGACAGCCGAUGAUACUUCAGUGGCUUCCGCUACAGUAGUAGCAGACGAAAGGGUGGUAAUCACCCUUGAGACACAAGUCAGCGCCGGCGGGGCGAACUUCUCACAGGGGCAGAGGCAGCUGAUCGCUUUGGCAAGAGCCCUGUUGAGGCAGAGCUCGAUGAUCAUCAUGGACGAGGCAACUGCCAGUGUUGAUUUCGAGACGGACUCGAAGAUUCAGGCUACGAUCCGCAAUGAAUUCAGCAACUCUCUGCUGCUGACUAUUGCCCAUCGUAUCAGGACCAUCAUCGACUACGACCGGUUGUUAGUCCUAGAUGCGGGCAGGGUUGCCGAGUUCGACACGCCCAUCAACUUGCUGAACAAGGAGUCCGGCAUCUUCAAGGAUAUGUGCCUCAAGAGCGGCACAUAUCAAGAGUUGUAUGAUGCCGCGGCGAAGAAGGGUGCGGAGCAAAAGUAGCUGACUCGUAGACCACUGCUGCAGUAUAUCAUACAUUGCAUCUUCUUGGUAGUGGUACACGGUGGGGAUAGCGAUACAUAGAUGUUGUCUAGAUUGGAAGUAGGUUUAACCCGUCCGACUUGAAAGCACACCAGGUCCCAGAUAAAGUGCUCCUCGACCUUAACACCUCUGCUAUAUAAACCUUCUGCUGGCCAGCCCUGGCGAGCUCCGUAUCUGCAGGGAAAACCAUCUUCGCCUCCGACAGCCAGAGCGUCGCGUCACUCAAGAAAGUGAACGUAGGUCCCAGCGCCGGUCUAGUACUAGUAGUGCUAAAAGCCGAAAGCUCGUUAUGCGGUUCAGGCUCGGGAUGGCGCAUUCCUAUCGCCAGCGCUGGCUGGGGGUUGGCCUCAGACUCGGAAUUGGGGGACUGCUUGGGUCGACCGGCGAGGACGGAGUUGUUUAUUAUGAGCACGGUGAGCGAGUAUGAGCGG